AUGGAGAAUCUAGAUGAACUGGAGCACCCUCUUCUGGGAGAAAACCCCAAUAACAGCCGGGCAUCAGGGCCGGGGCUGGCGCCCGGGACUGGACAGGCCCCAGGUGGCCACUUCAAGGGCAUCUUGGUUAAGUGUGAGGAGGACAGGGCCUACCCUCCCUUAGCGUGGAGGAGCUACUGCGGACAUCCUCCUGAGCUCCAGCAGCAACAACUACUGGACCCUUGCUCAUUACCUCGCACACUGGAGUCAUUUUACCCUCCAGCCCCCAUCUGGGGCCACACAGACUCCCUGCUCAGCAAAGACUACCUGGAGACCACCUUUGUGGACAUUCGGCCUGGCUCCACUCUGGAGAGGAAGCUGCUGGCCGAGACGCAGGACUUCAACAGUGUGUCCUACAGCAUGGAUGAUGAGGAUGACCUGCUUCCUGACUCUGACGACUCAUCCAUCGAUGACUUCAGUGAUACAGACAGCGAGAGCAACUUCCCUCUGAUGAUCCCUCAGGACUACCUGGGUUUGGCCUUUUUCUCCAUGCUCUGCUGCUUCUGGCCCCUGGGCAUCGCUGCCUUCUACCUUUCACAGAAGACCAACAAGGCAUCAGCUCAGGGGGAUUUUCACGGCGCCAACGCAGCGUCUCGCCAGGCUCUGUGGCUCUCCGUGCUCUCCAUUGUGUUUGGGAUCAUAACGUAUAUCUGUGCCAUCGCUGCGUUGAUUUCCUACCUGUCUGGAAAACCGCCAUAA